GGCCGGCCGCAGCCCCGAGCGGAUCUCGCCCGCCCACUCGCCCGCCCGCGGCCACCAAGCCAGGUGAGCGCGCCUGUCCCUGUCCCGCACGCGCCCCGGGCCAGCUCGCUCGCGGAUUUCUACCCUGGUGGCCGAGUGAGGCACUCAGGAGGCUGCAGCGACCCCGGUCCUUGCUGCUGCUCCCCAGCACCCCUUUCGGCUCCCUGGAGCCCUCCCUACCUUGUGCUGGUCCGUUGGUUGGCUGCUGCGUCCAGCGAGGGAGCCGCAAAGAAGCCGAGCUGGGUUUCCCUGGGGACCAGUGGCUUGGCCUAGCCCCACACCCACAGCCCCCUCCUGGCCACAACUCAUGCUAGAAGGCGGGCUGGACCCUCCAGGACACUGGCCCUCCGUGCCCUGCUGACCAAGGCCCAGUAGUCUCUCUCCAUCGCUGGGCUGGGAGCAAGGAGCAGUGACUCCCAGGGAAAGAGGUCCUAAAGCUGUCUAGCUGGCAUGGCAGCUCCAGUGUCUCUGAGGGCCACAGGGGGUCCAGUCCUGCAGGGCACAUCCUAGUCCUUGGACAGCUGGACAGCCUGCCAUCGUGCUCCCACCAGCCGGGCCAGAUCCCAGGCCACCGUUCACCAUGGGCGGCUGCUUCUCCAAGCCCAAGCCAGUGGAGCUCAAGAUUGAAGUGGUGCUGCCAGAGAAAGAGCGGGGCAAGGAGGAGCUGUCAGCCAGCGGAAAGGGCAGCCCCCGGGGUUACCAGGGCAACGGCACAGCACGCCACUUCCAUGCUGAAGAGCGACUGCCCACCCCACAACCCUAUCCCAGCCCUCAGGACUGUGUGGAGGCUACUGUUUGCCAUGUCAAGGACCUCGAGAAUGGCCAGAUGCGGGAAGUGGAGCUGGGCUGGGGAAAGGUGUUGCUGGUAAAGGACAAUGGGGAAUUCCAUGCCCUGGGCCAUAAGUGUCCUCACUAUGGAGCGCCCCUGGUGAAAGGUGUACUGUCCCGGGGACGUGUGCGCUGCCCCUGGCAUGGUGCCUGCUUCAACAUUAGUACUGGGGACCUAGAGGACUUCCCAGGCCUGGACAGUCUGCAUAAGUUCCAGGUGAAGAUUGAGAAGGAGAAGGUGACCAUUCGGGCAAGCAAGCAGGCCCUGCAGCUACAGCGGAGGACAAAGGUGAUGGCCAAGUGUAUCUCUCCAAGUGCAGGCCACAGCAGUAGCACCAAUGUGCUCAUAGUGGGUGCAGGUGCUGCUGGCCUAGUAUGUGCAGAAACACUGAGGCAGGAGGGCUUCUCAGACCGGAUUGUCCUUUGCACACUGGAUCGACAUCUGCCCUAUGACCGGGCCAAGCUCAGCAAGUCCCUGGAUGCACAACCUGAACAGCUGGCCCUGAGACCCAAGGAAUUCUUCCGGGCCUAUGGCAUUGAGAUGCUCACUGAGGCUCAGGUAGUCACAGUGGACGUGAGAAAUAAGAAGGUUGUGUUCAAGGAUGGCUUCAAGCUAGAGUACAGCAAGCUGCUGCUGGCACCAGGGAGUAGCCCUAAGACCCUGACCUGCAAAGGGAAAGAUGUAGAGAAUGUAUUCACCAUUCGCACGCCCGAGGAUGCCAACCGCGUGCUGCGGCUCGCCCGGGGCCGCAAUGCUGUUGUUGUGGGAGCAGGCUUUCUGGGGAUGGAGGUCGCUGCUUAUCUGACUGAGAAAGCCCACUCAGUAUCUGUGGUAGAGCUGGAGGAGACACCCUUCCGGAGGUUCCUGGGGGAACGUGUUGGUCGUGCACUUAUGAAGAUGUUUGAAAACAACCGGGUGAAGUUCUAUAUGCAGACAGAGGUGUCAGAGCUGCGGGCUCAAGAGGGAAAGCUGCAGGAGGUGGUGCUGAAGAGCAGCAAAGUCCUGCGAGCAGAUGUCUGCGUGUUAGGCAUUGGUGCGGUGCCUGCCACAGGCUUCCUGAGGCAGAGUGGCAUUGGUCUGGAUUCCCGAGGUUUCAUCCCAGUCAACAAGAUGAUGCAGACCAAUGUCCCAGGAGUGUUUGCUGCAGGUGAUGCUGUCACCUUUCCUCUUGCCUGGAGGAACAAUCGGAAAGUGAACAUCCCACACUGGCAGAUGGCUCACGCCCAGGGGCGGGUAGCAGCUCAGAACAUGCUGGCACAGGAGGCUGAGAUCAACACGGUACCCUAUCUGUGGACUGCCAUGUUCGGCAAAAGCCUUCGCUACGCUGGCUACGGAGAAGGCUUCGAUGAUGUCAUCAUUCAGGGGGAUCUGGAGGAGCUGAAGUUUGUGGCUUUUUAUACCAAAGGUGACGAAGUGAUUGCUGUGGCCAGCAUGAACUACGAUCCCAUCGUAUCCAAGGUGGCUGAGGUGCUAGCCUCAGGUCGAGCCAUCCGGAAGCGGGAGGUGGAGUUGUUUAUGCUACACAGCAAAACCGGUGACAUGUCUUGGCUCACAGGAAAAGGAUCCUGAGCUCUCCUGUGGUGGACUUGGGCAGGUUUCUGGGGUACCAAGGUCAGAGACCAAGUCCUGGGGCAAGUGCCAACUCCAAUUUCCCAGGAUCCCUCACCGUGGAAUCUGAGUCCUCCAAGGCUUGCCUUGACCUGUCUGCCUCGCCUCCAGCCAGGCUACCACAGCCUCCAGAAGAUGGUCCAUUCUCAAUGCCUCAGCUGUCACUGACAGCUGGGUGUAUUGGCAGGACAGGCUCUGCCUCGGUUUCCUCUAUUAGGAUUUUCCCAGCAAGUCCCUUCAACAUUACCUUAAAAUUAAAACGCAUGUCUCAGCA